AGGGAGGGAUCGUAGUCUUGAAACAGGACCCCACUUACAAGUUCACGGAUGUUAAAACAAAAGUAUACAACAUUUGGCAAAUAGAUCCAUCUUUAAACACGCCGGGUCAAUUUGCAUGAAUCACGCCUACGCGUAGGUUAUAUCUGGCUGCCUGACAAGCAGACGCCUGCUCAUGUUACCAUGAUGAAAUCCUCAUAGGCUGAGGAGUUAAUGAAAACGUACCUGAAACUAGUCGACGCCUCCCACCGAAAGGUGCUGGGACAGUAGUGCUGCUAUGCUGUCCUGUGAGCCGCUCCUGAAGAGUGAUUGCGUUCUUGAUGUUAAUGUAACGAAGAAUGAGGAAACCAAAAGUCAACCAUGGCCCAGAUCACUAGCUCGAACAUGGACCACAAUGCUUCUACUAGUCACCUGCUUGCUGUACUGCGCCAGGAUGGCCAUGCCAGUGUGUGCAGUCACCAUGGCCACACAGUUCAGUUGGAGCAAGACAGAGUCAGGUGUAGUGAUGAGUGGUUUCUUUUGGGGCUACUGCUUCACCCAGGUCCUUGGAGGCCAUGCCAGUGACAGGAUUGGUGGAGAGAGAGUUCUGCUGUGGUCCACCACAGCUUGGGCUUUUAUCACAGCUGUUACACCAGUUUUAGUGCGCCUGAAUGUCAGCCCCCUCGUCACCAUGACAAUAGCCAGAUUCCUCAUGGGACUUUUUCAAGGCGUUCACUACCCAUGUCUGGCCAGUGUCUGUGCUCAGCGAGUGGAAGAGGGACAGAGGGGCUUUAUGAUGAGUGUUAUGGGCUGCGGUUCCCACUUGGGGUUACUGGCUGUAGGUGGAGCGGGUUCUGUGAUUCUGGAAUUGUAUAGCUGGGAGCCUGUGUUUGAGAUAGUUGGGUUCUUCUCCUUCCUGUGGGUCUUCAGUGUGAAGUACCUCUUGAAAGCCAUAAUGCCAGAAAUGCCAUCUAACCAUGCGCCCAAACUGAGCCAACAGCAAUCAGCCUCAUUUUGGCUAAAACUCUGCACAGAGCCAGCAGUGCUGUCCAUGGUUUUUGCACACAUAUGCUUCAGUGGCAGCUCUUACACCCUUAUAUCCUGGCUCCCAACCUUCUUCAAAGAAACCUACCCUCAUGCUCAGGGCUGGGUGUUUAACGUGGUUCCCUGGAUUGUUGCCAUUGUCUUGUCUCUGAUUGGGGGCAGUUUAUCGAGUUACCUCAUCAAAAUAGGGUACAGCACAACUACUGUCAGGAAGAUGAUGCAGUUUUGUUCCAUGGGGAUAAGUGGUGUAUUUCUGCUGAUGCUGUGCAGAAACCCCUCCUUCAGUUCGGCUGUUGCCCUUGUCUCGGCAGUCGUUGGCCUGAGCACAUUCAAUAGCAGGCAAGAACAAAUCCUUAUAUAACAAUCAAGAUAUGUUUUAGUGCUUGACAUACUCACAAAACUGUCUUUUUGAGACUGUUACAUAAAUAUGAAUUGUAUUGUAAGUACAGUGUUUUGGGCACCAACUAGACACAAGUUUGAAAUGAAAGGUGCAUGAGCAAUUAGUUUAUCUUCAACUGGUUCUUGUUGAGUGAAUCUCUU